AUGAAGUCCGGUGGAGGACUGAUGGCACCUCCCGGCUGUUUUCCCGGCCGAUACAGUCCCACGUAUCGCAGCACCGAUCCGCGGCGCUGCGUGCCCAAUCCAUCAAGUCGAAUAUUGGAGGAUGCAUCGUUGAUGUGUAAUUCGUGGUCACCAAGGCACAACGGUGAUCUGUUCGGCGGGCUCAAUGAUGGUUUGCUGAGCAGAGCGGAAGCCCUGGCAGCCGUCGACAUCGGCAAACAUCAGUCGGGUCCUCAGCCUGGGCCUCCACUACCACAACUCAAACAUGACAUGGUCUACCAUCAUGGCGUUGGAGGCCCCCCUCCACACAAUGCCAGACCACAUCAGCCUUUUUUUCCACAGAUGGGCCACCAUGGCAUGGAAGGCCUGGACAUGCUUGACCCGCUUACGUCGUCAUCCAUGACUACAUUAGCACCUAUGGGUGAAUCAGCGCCACCGCACCACCAGUUACAUGGCUAUGGGGCAAUGAAUCAUGUUAUGAACCACCACCACCAUGCCGGAGGUUUAGCUCACGCUCCACCAGCUCACCUCGGUCAUCCAGCUGCUGCUCUUCAUCCUGAUACAGAUACAGACCCUAGAGAAUUAGAAGCCUUCGCAGAGAGGUUUAAACAACGAAGAAUAAAGCUUGGCGUUACUCAAGCAGAUGUUGGUAAAGCUUUAGCUAAUUUAAAACUACCAGGAGUUGGAGCUCUUUCUCAAAGUACUAUCUGUAGAUUUGAGAGCUUGACUUUGAGUCACAAUAAUAUGAUUGCUUUAAAACCUAUAUUACAAGCGUGGCUUGAGGAAGCCGAAGCUCAAGCAAAAAAUAAAAGACGAGAUCCAGAUGCACCAAGUGUGCUCCCAGCGGGUGAAAAAAAGCGAAAGAGAACGUCUAUAGCAGCGCCAGAAAAAAGAAGCCUUGAAGCCUAUUUUGCAGUUCAGCCGCGACCCUCUGGUGAAAAGAUAGCAGCAAUUGCGGAAAAAUUAGAUUUAAAAAAGAAUGUUGUCCGAGUUUGGUUUUGUAAUCAGAGGCAAAAACAAAAGCGCAUGAAAUUUGCUGCGCAACACUGA